UUGCUUGUAUUGACGGGGAUAUUAUGGGGUUGUACGAACCCAUUCAUUAGACAAGGCACAAAAGGUUUAAGGAAAGUUUGUGCCAAAACAAGAUUGGGUCAAGCUUACGCAGAGAUUAUUUUUCUCUUAGGGAAUUGGCGGUACGUGGUACCCUGGUUAAUUAACCAAUGCGGUUCGUUGGUGUAUUUAUCGGCUGUGCAGCGUGUGCCUUUGUCUCUUGCUGUGCCUACCGCCAACAGCCUUGCGUUCGCUUUCACAGCACUAACGGGAGCAAGUCUGGGUAUUGAAGAGCCUUUGGAUUUCGAAACUAAGCUUUACAACGUGCACCAAUACCAACUGAAAACGUAUUAUGAUGAAGUCAUUAAUAAUAUUAACUCCGAUAUGGACGAUCUACCCCAAUACUUCUGUUUCGAAUGUGCAUACUUGCUCUAUAAGUAUCACAAGUUCAAGGAAAAAUGUAGUAUUGGUCAUAAAAUACUUAAAGAGAUGUCGUGUCGAGGCGCACAAUUCAAAGCCAGAGCAGAGAAUGAUAAAUACAAAAGCGCACCGUUCAAGUGUACAGAUUGCUUUAAAGGUUUCUCAAAAGAGAAUAUAUUAAAGAGACAUAAGAUCUUGAGGCAUAAUGAGAUAUAUAAAAUAGAGUGUCCGUUUUGUCACAUGCGUUUCAAAUUAAAUUGUUUCAUGCAGAAACAUUUGAGAAGCCAUUACACUAAAUAUGAAUGCAGACGGUGCAAUGUUGUUUAUCCAUUGGAAGGUUCAGCUUUAUUCCAUGAGGAGUUCCACAGCGGAGUCAUUAGGACAUGCAGACACUGCAACGAAGAGUUCCGUCACUCGUCAACAUAUUAUUCACAUCUCCGAACACAUAAGAGUGAGUUCGUAUGUAGUGUGUGUGGGUCGUCAUUCGUGAGUGAGGCUGGUCUACAUCAACAUAAGCGGAUCAAACAUUGCGACAGUGUCGAAUCUCCUGAUGAUGAAGAAAUGAAUACUUUCUGCACCAAAUGUGAUAUCAGCUUUGAAAGCAGACCGGCCUAUGAUGAACACUUACUGCACUCUAUAAAACAUAUUGAAGACAUUGAGAAUGAUAAUGAAGUUGUUUUAGACAAACGGAAGAAGGUUUUGGGAAAGAGAAUCAAAGAAAAGAUAACCGGCCAACUGUCCAAGAAAUCAAGGAAUAUGACAAAGACAGAUAGAAAGAGUUGUAAGAAAAGAAGACAACCGAGGAAACCAACGACAUGCCAUCAGUGUGGUAAACAUUUCGAGACCCAGGCCGCGUGUAUGAAGCAUCACGUGUCUGAACAUCCGAGGACCUCCUUCACCGCGCCGCAUCAGAGGCAUAUAUGUGAGAUAUGUGGAGCCUCACUCGCGCCGGGUAGCGUGAUAGCUCAUCAGAACAUGCACACAAGAGAGAAGCUCCACGCGUGUGAAACGUGUGGAAAACAGUUCUAUACGACUAUAUCACUGAAACGACACUCUGUGACCCACACAGGAGAGAAACCGUUCCCGUGUAGUUUAUGUGAUAAAAGAUUCACACAGAGCAACAGCAUGAAACUCCACUAUAGAACCUUCCAUCUAAAACAACCUUACCCAAAAAGAAAUAGAAGAAAAAAGAAGAUUAAUGACAGUAUGGAAGAAUCUCAUAGUGAGGAUUCAAGUGAUGUGAAAACUAAGAAAAUAGUUCAUGAACAAAGAAUCGAACCCAGUGCUGUAACUGUACAAGUUAUAAGUGAAAACGGACUAUUUAACUAUUGUGGAUAG